GUUCUCCUUUGGAAACAACUCCCUUCCUCUCUUCCAGCAUACACGAGAGCCUCAGUUACCUGGAGGGCAGAGCCACCGUCUUUCACUCCCGCUACCUCUCGGCGUGGGCGGGCACCCGCGCGGGAGAGAAGCCCUCGGUGGUUCUGGGCCACUUCGUCCUGCCCCCUGCCUGUCUGCAAGAAGAGCCGAUGGUCAAAGUCUACGCUCGUCCACGCGCUGAGGGGGGAAAGGAAAACAUCCUCGUCUGCAUCGUCAGGGGCUUUUCCCCAGAGCCGCUUGACAUCGAUCUCCUGAAGAACGGGGAGCCCAUGCCCAGUGUCAAAUACUUGUCCUUCGGAGAGAAGGGGCAAUACCUGCUCUAUGCGCCCUUCUCCCGCACGAGUGGUGACACCUACUCUUGCAGGGUGGAGCACUCCACCAUGCCGGAGCCACGCACUUACCAGUGGG